CCAACCAGUAGAGAUGAGAAUGCGGCAACUAGCAUGCAUAAUGGUUGAAGCAUUCUCGUAGCUAGUCACCAGAAUUCCCGCUCUUCAUCUUCUCAAAAUCACUCAUUCUCCUCACUCUUCUCCUUGCUUCAUUUUGAAUCAUUCUUUUUUUCUAUUUUUUUCUUUUCUCUUAUUCUCUUUUCUUUCUUUCUUUCUUUCUUUCAAUUCAACUUCAUCUCCAUUGCCCUCUUCUGUUUCAUCUCUUAUGGAAGACGAAGACAAAAAAGCUUUAACCGCUUUAAGCUCCGUUCCCUCUCCCCUCAAACACCAUUCCUACAGCCAACAGCACCGCGCCUCUUCCACCCCCAUCCCCCGCCAUCCUUUUCGUAAACACAGCCUCGAAUCUCUUCCUACACCCCCCUCCACCACCUACCACAAUGACUUUGCCCCCAUUAAAGAAGAUUUUGAUCCCUUGUCUGCCCAAGGACCCGUCCAGCCUUUGACUGAGUUCAUUGGCAGCGGCGGUGGCUCCGGAAUUUUUAAAGUACCAAGACGUGCCGCUGUUCAUCCUGGUCGCCCACCAUGUUUCGAGCUUAGGCCUCAUCCUUUGAGGGAGACUCAGGUGGGGAAGUUGUUGAGGAACAUAGCAUGCACGGGAAGGCAACUGUGGGCUGGGCAAGAGAAUGGGGUAAGGUUUUGGAACUUGGAUGAAGCGUAUGAGCGUGGACAGGGGGUGGGGGUAAGAGUGAGGAGAGGAGAUGAGGAUGCGGCGCCGUUUCAUGAGUCAGUGAACACUUCGCCGACGAAUUGUUUGAUGGUGGAUUGUGGCAACAGGUUGGUUUGGACGGGGCAUAAAGACGGGAAGAUUAGGUCAUGGAAGAUGGACCAGCCUGUGGAUGAUUAUAGUCCUUUUAGGGAGGGCUUGUCUUGGCAGGCUCAUCGUGGUCCUAUUCUUUCUAUCGUUUUCAGCUCUUAUGGUGAUUUGUGGUCAGGUGGAGAAGGUGGUGUUAUUAAGAUCUGGCCAUGGGAAUCCAUUGAAAAAUCUCUUUCUUUUAAACCAGAGGAAAGGCAUAUGGCUGCUUUAUUAGUGGAGAGGUCAUUCAUUGACCUCAGGGCCCAAGUUACUGUAAACGGUACUUGUAGAAUAUCUUCUGCAGAUGUCAAAUGCUUGUUAUUGGACCAUUUUAGAGCUAAAGUAUGGUGCGCUCAGCCUCUUUCCUUUUCAAUAUGGGAUGCCCAUUCAAAGGAACUUCUGAAAGUUUUUAACAUUGAAGGUCAGAUCGAGAAUCGAGUUGAAAUACAAUCAGUUCAAGAUCAACCUGUAGAAGAUGAGAUGAAGGUUAAAUUUGUUUCAUCAUCAAAGAAGGAGAAAUCUCAAGGCAAUAGCUUCUUGCAACGAUCACGCAAUGCUAUAAUGGGAGCUGCAGAUGCUGUUCGCCGAGUGGCAACCAGGAGUGCAGUAGCAUUUGUAGAAGAUACAUCCAAGAGAACAGAAGCUAUAGUGCAAACCGCAGAUGGAAUGAUCUGGACUGGAUGCACAACUGGCCAACUUGUGCAGUGGGAUGGAAACGGAAAUCGCAUGCUCGAUGUUACUCAUCAUCCUUGUCCUAUCCUAUGCUUUUGUACUUUUGGAACAAGAACUUAUGUAGGAUAUGUUAGUGGUUUGUUGCAAAUAUUGGAUCUUGAGGGAAAUCUUAUAGCAUCAUGGGUUGCUUCUAGUGGUCCUCUGUUAAAACUUGCGGUUGGGGAUGAUUACAUUUUUAGCUUGGCUAGUCAUGGUGGUAUACGUGGUUGGAGUAUCACAUCCCCAGGACCUGUUGACAAUUUAAUAAGAUCAGAACUUGCGGCAAAAGAAGCAGUAUACGCUAGAAGAGAUGAUAUCAGAAUAUUAAUUGGAACAUGGAAUGUUGGUCAAGGAAGAGCCUCUCAUGAGGCACUUAUGAUAUGGCUGGGUUCUGUUUCCUCAGAUGUUGGCAUUAUUGCUGUUGGUCUGCAAGAAGUAGAAAUGGGGGCAGGGUUCCUUGCAAUGUCUGCAGCCAAGGAAACUGUAGGACUUGAAGGGAGUGCUAUUGGGCAUUGGUGGCUGGACACAAUUGGAAAGGCCUUAGAUGAAGGAACAACUUUUGAGCGUAUGGGUUCUAGGCAGCUAGCAGGCUUGCUCAUUUCUCUUUGGGUAAGAAAAAACCUCAGAACACAUGUUGGGGACGUUGAUGCUGCAGCUGUUCCUUGUGGCUUUGGUCGCGCAAUUGGUAACAAGGGGGGAGUAGGUUUGAGAAUCAGAGUGUAUGACAGGAUUAUUUGCUUUGUCAACUGUCACCUGGCUGCACACUUGGAAGCAGUCAACCGGCGCAAUGCUGAUUUUGAUCACAUUUAUAGAAAUAUGGUGUUCCGAUCUACAAAUCUGCUCAAUGCUGCAGCUGGUAUGGUGUCAUGCCUGUUUUUGUAUUGCACUCUUGCCUUCUGCACAUAUUUACUUUGGCUGCUUUAUUCUUCUGCCUUGCCAUUCAUCCUCUCUAUUGCAGCUGGUGUCACAACUACGGUUCACAUGAUUAAGGGGGCAAAUACUCCUAAUGCCCCUAAUGAAGAAGGGAGACCUGAUUUGGCUGAUGCAGAUAUGGUUAUAUUUUUUGGUGAUUUUAAUUAUCGACUUUUUGGUAUAUCUUACGAUGAAGCAAGAGACUUUGUUUCACAAAGAUGCUUUGAUUGGCUGAGAGAAAAGGAUCAGCUCAGGGCUGAGAUGAAAGAAGGCAAAGUUUUCCAAGGAAUGCGUGAAGCAAUCAUUAGAUUUCCUCCAACUUACAAGUUUGAAAGACAUCGUCCUGGUUUAGCAGGAUAUGAUUCCGGGGAGAAAAAGAGAAUUCCAGCUUGGUGUGACAGAAUUAUAUAUCGUGACAAUAGAGGGGGUGCAACAACAGCUGAAUGUAGUUUAGAUUGCCCCAUAGUCUCAUCAAUUAUCCUGUAUGAUGCUUGCAUGGAUGUGACUGAGAGUGAUCACAAACCUGUACAUUGUAAAUUCCAUGUAAAAAUUGCCCAUGUUGAUAGAUCAGAAAGGAGACAAGUGUUGGGCGAUAUUCUAAGAUCUAAUGAAAAGUUGAUCAAGUCUAAACUUGAUGAAUUAUGCUAUGUUCCGGAAACUACAGUGAGCACUGACAACAUAGUCCUUCAAAGCCAGGAUACAUGCAUUCUAAGAAUCAGCAAUACUACAAAAGACACAGCAAUAUACAGAAUAUUUUGUGAGAAUUCAUGCACUCUCAAGGAAGAUGGGAGCAAUACAGCUGAUCAACGUUUGAGAGGCUCCUAUGGCUUCCCCCGAUGGCUUGAGGUCACACCAGCAGGGGGUGUAAUCAAACCUGAAAAUUAUGCAGAGGUCUCAGUACAUCAUGAAGAGUUCCAUACCUUGGAAGAGUGUGUGGAUGGCAUUCCGCAGAGCUGGUGGUGUGAAGACACCAGAGAUAAGGCAGUUUUGUUGGUAGUGUUAGUCCAAGGCUGUUGCUCGACCGAAACAGUGAGGCACCAGAUUCAUGUACGCCACUGCUUGUCUGCCCGGACUGUGCGCAUAGACACAAAAUCAAAUUCAAAUAAACAGGGCACUUCAGAAUCGAAUGCUUCAAAGAAAAAUGGAACUUCAGUUUCGCGGUCAGAAGUUCGCCAACCCAGCAGUUCCUCAGAUAAAAAAGACCUAUGACAACUGACCGUUGUUAGUAUAUAUAGAACUAGAUGCGUCAAAUGAGUAUGUAUAUACUAAUUGAAGCAUGUUCACCAUGGACACAACAACACUAGCUAGGUUCAGAUUGUUUACCAUUUAUUACUUACCAUCAUUCUUCUGAGUAUGUAUAAGCCAAAGCACAAUGGAAUAUUCAUUGUGAUAUAAUUGAAAAUUUUCGAAGGCUUGUUUGUUACUCUA